UAUACGGUUUGUGUGCAAUUCUUGAUCGUAAACCUUAAUGGCAUUGGUGUGGCCUUAUGUAUGAGACCCAAACAGGCCCUUUAAUAUUAAUGAUUUAAAAUCCGGAGUGGGCACAAUGUUGUUGUUGUUGUUGUUGUUUUGUCUUUAUUUCUAAUCUCAAGGAAAGCCAAUGACAUUAGGACCGCUGAAUAACGGCCAACAGUCGGUGCUACGAGGUGUGGAUGAUGUUCGCAGCACUAAUAAUUAGUUUGGACGUUGAAAAGCGGUGUGUGGUUUUUUUUGUUGUUGUUUUUUUUGGUUUAUGGCGAGGUACGCCUGCAAUCUGCGGUGAGUGUGAGGGAGCUGGCAGCGAGGUGUGGAUGCUGAAAAUACAAUUGGCUAAUCUUCUAAUGUACCUCCGCGCUUUGAUGCAGUUGAAGGUGUUUUCGGGCGGGACAGGGGUUGGACAUUACCUCACUCUGAGCGCUUUCUGGGGGGAGAAACGAGCGAGUAAUUAGCUGAUUAGAGGCCCGUCAUGAGCGGCUCAGCCUCCAGCCAAUCCCCGCUCGGGGGGGGUGGAGGAGGACGUGCUGAUGGAGGAGGACGUGCUGAUGGAGCCAGAGACACACGCAUACCUUUUGUAGUUUGUUAAGUUCGUAUUAUACGGCAGGAGUGUUGCUGCUGGGUGACUGACACGUGCAGGGAACCGUUCAGGGAAAUAGACGCGCAGCGCUGCGCUUCGGAACGUCACCUGUUUAGAGUCUGUCCAGAAGUUAAGUUUUUCUGCAGACAUUAGUCCUAACAAGUUGAUAAUGCUUACAUUUAGCUAUAUGAAAUAGCUUGAGCUGAACUUGCAUGAGAGGACAAGGAGGACAUUUGAGAGUGUAACUGGGGGAAGAGGCUCCGCUGUUUUGCGCGCAGACGCACGGCACAGGUGCGCACCGGCCGAACUCGACACGGCUGUUUCCCGCAGCCCCCUCCCGAGCACAGCGGUCAUGGAGAAAUCGAAAAACUUCCGAAUUGACGCCCUGCUCGCCGAUGAGACCCACCGGGGCGGCCGGGACCUCUCCCCCGGUCUGAGCAGCGACAGCCCCGACGGCAGCCCGGUCUCCUGCCGCCGCGCGGACACCCCGUCUCCGCGGGCGACGCAGCUUCAGAGCGGAUUAAUCCACAAACCGGGCAUCCUCAACUUCCCGCACCCGGGACUCGCUUCGCUGCCGCAGGGCGCGAUUCACGGCAUGUACCCUGCACCCAUGUACCCGCUGUCGGCGCUGGGAGGCCAGCACCCCGCGUUCGCGUACACCGGGUUCACGCAACUGACUCAGACCUACCCGGAGCACCUGAAGGCGGCCGCCAUGGCGGGAUCCCUGCCGCUGGAGCACUGGAUCCGCGCUGGCAUCAUGAUGCCCCGGCUGCCAGAUUACAGCUCGGGCCCUCAGUCCGGUCUGCUGGGGAAGUGCCGGAGGCCCCGCACGGCCUUCACCAGUCAGCAGCUCCUGGAGCUGGAGAACCAGUUCAAACUCAACAAGUACCUGUCCAGACCCAAGCGCUUUGAGGUGGCCACCUCGCUCAUGCUGACUGAAACACAGGUCAAGAUCUGGUUCCAGAACCGGAGGAUGAAGUGGAAGCGCAGCCGGAAGGCGAAGGAGCAGGCCACCGCGUCAGCCCAGUCGGAGGCAGAGCGACUGCGCAGCGGCGGGAAAACGGCCACCGACAAAACCGACGAGAGCCGGCGAGCUGUGACUCCUGAUGACGGAGGGAUAGACCUUGACAUGGAGGAUGGAGAAGAGGACGAGGAGGACGAGGAGGAGGAGGAGGAGGAGGAGGAGGAAGAAGAGGAGGAGGCGGAAGCCCAGCAUGGUUUUCCUGUUGCCAUGGGCAUACGAUCCACAGACUUCUUGCAGCGGGGCACCGACGUUGGCUACAAUCCCCACAGCCCUUUCUCUGACGAGGAGCUGGAGGGGGUGCAGGUGGGAGGGGGUGACAGGAAGAUUGGGGCCGGACUGUGAGAAGACGCUGGUUUGGUCUCCGAGGCGUUACACUGGGACACGGGGGAUUCUGGAGGAGAUGAAUUUCCAAGCCGAAAGAAAUUUGUCUUUGUCACGACGCCGUGAAUGACGUGUUCCAAUCAGGACAUUUGCUGGAAUCGCAGAUUAAUCACUGACGGGAUUGUGAUACAAAUAUACUGUCUGUGCAUAAAAAACCCAUCUCUAAGUACUGUACAUUUCGUAGCAUGAUGAAAAAAAAAAAGAGCAGGUGUUUGUCUCCCUCCCUAAAUUGUAUCUGUUUUCGUGAGUAUCUGCCGAUCACCUUCUGGGCACCUUGUCUUUCCUCCGCCCGGUGAACACACGGGGCUCCACAAGGGAAGGAUGUUGAAGUGAGACGAGUGAACUGUUCAGACAGCGUGAGAAUGUACGAUCAAGGUGCAGCCGCCACUGCGUCAAAGUCAAACAAGCUGCAGUGUUGAGACGUCACAAGCUUCAGAAACAUCCGCUGCUCUGGAUGGUUUUUUUCUAAUAAUUUGCAGAACGACGUCCCAUGUAUUAUAUUUACUUCUGUACAUUUCGUGUGAAUAUUGGAUGUUUUCUUCUCGAUGGUGUUCAUGAAUUUUGUCCUCGUCACUUACCCGUAAAUGAAUUUAAUUUAUUUGAAUGUUCGCAAAGAUGAAUCACAUAUAUGUAUUUAUCUGAAACUUGUUUGUUUGGUGUAGCUGUGAAAAAAAAAUAUGACGGCAUAAGAAAAAUAAAAAAAAAAGAGAAAUGA